AACACGGGCUGUCCACGACAUCGUCGGCUUCGUUGUCUACAUUGAUGAUUUGGCUUUAGCUUGACAAUCAUUCUGCUUAUAAACGCGGAAGAUUAUGUAAGUUCUAGGACCGCAGGCUCUCGUCGAUGAUCCCGGAGGCUGAUCGAUGGAUCUGCCUCGUCUGGCAACUCAACUCCCUGGUGGCAGGCUGGAGCAAGUAUAAGAAGACGGCUUUAGCAUUCGUCAUGACCAAAAUAUGUAAAGCAUCAACAGUCUUACAGCUUCACAAUCGUACAGCUACAUCAUUGUCUUCCUCUUUCUUUCAACUAACACUGUCUCCCUCCUCAACCACCCACCAACCCCCAAAUCCAAAAUGCGUGUCGCCGUCGCUGGUUCGGGUGCCGUAACCCGCUACUUCGCAGAAGAACUCCCUGCAAUAGGCAUCGACCUCGUCAUCCUUACCCGCUCCAUCAAGCCCGAGAUCGAGAACAUCCAGGGCGUCCGGCAGUUCGUGACGGACUACUCUGUCGCCUCGAUCCUCGAGGGCAUCGAAGGCUCUGUCGCCCUGGUGUCCAAUAUCCUCGACUACUCCCCGGCCUUUAUCGACGUCCACGCGCGCCUCAUCGAGGCCGCGAGAAGUAGCAAGACAUGCAAGCGCUUCAUCCCUGCCGAGUACGGCGGUAACCUGGAGGAGUUCCCCGACCAGCCGGGCUUCUACGCCCGUCGGCAGGGGGUUGUCCGGAAGAUGCUGGAGGAGCAGACGGGGCUGGAGUGGACGCUGCUUUCGACUGGGUGGUUCAUUGACUAUGUCGUCCCGCGUCAGGACCGCUACCUCAAAGACGGCGGGGACGCCAUUCCCGUCAACGUUACGGGUGAAAGCAUGCUGAUCCCUGGAACCGGCAACGAGCCCUUGGAUAUGACUGCCGUCCGGGACGUGGUUCGUGCGGUGGGAAAGCUCCUCUUUGCGCAGAGCUGGGAGCGGUCCACGUAUGUUUCGGGAGGCAAGGCGACCUGGAACGAUGUGGUGCCGUUGAUGAAGGAGAAGUAUCCGCAGAUGAGUGUGAAGUAUCGCAGCCUGGCUGAGUACAUUGAGGAUAUCGUUGCCAACCCGGAUCCGAAUGGCGAGGAGCGGAUUAUUGCGGAGUACGGCAUCUUCUCGGCCAGUCAUGCUGGGGACCUGCCUGUUGAUAAGGUUGCCGCUCAUCGCGAGAAGUAUUUUUCUGGUAUCAAGUUCAGGGGGCCAAGCGAGUUGCUGGCUGAGGUCGAGAAGGAUCCUGAGGUUGUUGUUUAGGGGUUUACCUAUCAAGUGUUUCUCAGAGACAAAUGAAAGAUGUAGAUGGCCUCAAUAGAGAAUCGCCUCAAUACAGUAUCACGUCAAGCUCUGGCAUCUGUGAAAGAACUCGCGUCCAAGGCUCUGGUGCCAAACCGGGGACGGCCAAGUCGCGGCGUUUCCAGAUCUCCUCGACCGCGAGUGACAACGUAUCCCAGGUG